AUGAAAGCUAUUAAAGUUCCCAACACAGCAUUACUGGAUGUUCUUGGACGUCCAGUAGCUAUCAAUAGUCACGAUCUACAUCGAACACCGGCCGCACCACGUCCACCUAAACCAGCACAAAUCGAUAAAAAUCUAACGAAUAACUUAUUCGACGUUACUGGAAAUGGCUUAGUUCCAACGCCGGCACCGCCACCAGUAGAUCCCGAAGAUUUGACUGUUAUAGGUGAAACUCCUCUUCAUAUAGCUAUCGUAUACAAUGACAUUGAUUCUGUAAAAUUGUUAAUCAAACACGGCGUAGAUGUGAACAAACGUGUUGUUGGAGAUUUUAAUUCUUCUGAGCCCAAUAGGAAUCUAAAUGAAACUAAAAAAUGGAGACAAAAGAAAUUUCGUCGAGCUGAUUCACCAGCAAAGCAAUUCGAUCCACAAAGUGCUACACCUGAAAGCCACGCAUAUUAUGGCGAAUAUCCGUUAGCAUUCGCUGCGGCGUUCGGUCAUAUAGAAAUCUAUGAUUAUCUCAUUGAACAUGGUGCUGAUCCAAACAUGCAGGAUACAUACGGGAAUACAGUCUUACACAUGCUGGUCAUUCGAGAUGAGAUGACAAUGUUUAAACAUGCUAUUCGACAUUCAACGAAAAAAGCUCGGACGGAUGUUCGGAACAAUUCAGAUUUAACUCCAUUAACUUUAGCAGCGAAGCUCGGUCGGAAACAAUUAUUUCUCGAAUGUAUUGAAUUGUCUCAUGUGGAAAUUUGGCGUUAUUCCAAUAUCAAAUGUUGUACAUAUCCUCUUCGUGGUAUUGAUACAAUCACCGAUGGUGGUGAAAUAGAUUGGAAUUCGUCGUUAUUGUCCAUUGUAAGCGGUAAAACUGAAAAUCAUUUGGAUAUGCUUGAUAACAUGGUCAUCGAACGUUUAUUAAAUGACAAAUGGUCAUCAUUUGCUCAAGCGAGUUUCGUCCGCCAGUUGGUUUUACUUUGUUUGCAUUCGAUUGCUUUAACUACAGCUGUAUGUUUACGCAAUCCGAAAGAUGACCAGACUUUGCCCAGAAAAAUCAUUUGCUAUAUUGCUGAAGCAUGUGUUCUCUGUGGUUGUAUUAUCAGUAUAUUCGCGUUACUAGCAAAGGAAAUAUAUCUUCAAGGUUUUAAUUAUUAUCUGCAGAAUUUAAAAAGUUAUCCGGAAAAGCUGCUAUUUCAAUGUGCAUGUGUACUGAUUAUUCUCGCCGUUCCAUGCCGGAUCUUGUAUUUAGUGACGGAUAAUGUUAUAUUUGGUUAUAUCGAAGAUGGUCUGGUUUCAAUUGCUGUUCCUGGAACAUUUCUAUUCUUUCUGUUUUUUGGAAGAAUCUAUGCGUUGACCGGAGCGUUUAUUGUGAUGAUAUUCGAAAUGAUUUCAGGAGAUAUCGCUACUUUUGGUGUGAUCUAUGUGAUUGUUAUAACAGCAUUUGGACAAGGUAAAAAUUCAGUUCAACGUUCAGGGGAAACAGUUGAAUUUCAUUUAGUUUUCUAUCUGCUAUUUCGCGAUACAAUGGAAGGUGGAAAUUGUGUUCAAGUUUCACCGGAUAAUUUAUGUGAAGUUGAUAAACUAUGUUCGUUUCAGAAUUUCGAAGCGUGGAUGACAAUGGUUCACUUUACAAUGGGAGAAUUUGAUUUUUCGCUCUUCGACGUUACGCCCUAUUCGUAUUUGGUUAAAAGUUUGUUUAUCGUUUUUAUGAUUUUAACACCUAUACUUCUGUUGAACAUGUUAAUCGCUUCGAUGGGCAAUACGUAUCAACGUGUCAUUGCAAUUAGUGAAAAAGAACGCAUCCGACAGUGGGCACAGCUGGUGUUGACAAUCGAAAGAUCAUUUUCGGCUAAGCAACGCUUUGAUUAUCAAGGUUUAUAUGCCAUCGGUGCCGAUGAUAAACGCGAUCUAAUGGUUAUAAAACGAGCAACGAAAAGUAAAGCAGUUCAAAGAAAAGGAGCGAUUAGUAAUUGGAAGCGUGUUGGAAAACUAGUUCUUUAUUUACUGAAAGAACAAGAAACAACUGCUGAACAUGUUCGUCUUCGUCGUGUUUCACAUCAAUCUGUUGUAUUAAAACCCAAAGCACAAUUCGAUCAUAUGUUAGAAACUCUGGCAUGGGAACGUGAUAUCGACUUAUCCGCUCCGAAAGCGUUGACGUCAUCGAAUCCGAAUAUUAACUUAAGUUCAACUCAAAUCACUGCAGAUUUAAAUCCUUCAAUGUCACGUCCAGCAUCACCGCCACCGCCUCAGUUUGUCACUGGUGAAUUUCCAGCCCCAUCAUCUAUACCACAACGGUUAACAGGCGAUAGAAAAAUCCAACUUCGUUCGGAAUUAGCAGAACUUCGUUCUCGCCCAUCAUUUAUUAAUUAUGAAGAUUUAGAAGUCUUCCAUCACAUGCGACCAUUAACUCGAACAUCUAACGUCUGGCAUCCUCCACCUAUUCGACGUGCUUCUAUGAUGCCUGUUGAUGCUGAUGGUUAUAAAGAUCUACUCCUUGACGUGGAUUACAAUUACCAACAGCGAAAUAAUCGACAAAAGAAAUCAAAUGAAGUCAUCUCAUGCGGAACAUCAAAUAUAAGUAUCAAAUCGAAAUUGAGCGAAACGACUAUUUGUUAA